UUUAUUAUGAAGUCAGUGGUGUGAACACACCCAUGAGCCGCAAAAGAGAGCACCGGGUUCUUCUCAUGGUGAUCACCAUGGUGAUCUGCUAUCUACUCUGCUGGCUGCCUUAUGGGAUCAUGGCUCUGCUGGCCACUUUUGGAGCCCCAGGACUGGUGACUGUGGAGGCUAGCAUAGUGCCCUCCAUCUUAGCGAAGUCCAGCACGGUCAUCAAUCCCAUCAUCUACAUCUUCAUGAAUAAACAGUUCUACAGGUGUUUCAGGGCUCUUUUCAACUGUGACAAACCCCAGCGAGGUUCCAGUCCGAAAAGUUCUUCAAAGGUAACUAAACCAGUUCGUCCUGGACGGCGCACAGACAACUUUACUUUUGUGGUUGCUUCAUUGGGACCCACAGUGCUGCCCAACCAGGCAAACCCAGCAGAGGACUGCCCUCUAUCAACAGAUAAUCCCAAACCUGCAGUGGUCUCCCUUGUGGCCCAUUAUAAUGGUUGAGAGUUAUUCUGCUUCAAAAAUGGUGACACUUGAAGAAAAUUUUCACACAAAAUGAGGGAAAUGCAGUGUGAGAUUGGGAGGAUUUUACAAGAAUAUUGAGUGUAAUUACUAUAACAAACGGGAAAAUGAAAAAAUCCAGAGGGAGGUUGAUUUUGUGGAGUUUAUUUUUAUGUUCUACCCGUAUAUGUGUCUGCUAUCCAACAACAGGGUGUUAUGUUCUUGCAGUAAUAUUUAGCUAGCAGUUCCUAAUUUUCUUUGAAAUGUUCUCAGAUUCUGCGGGUCUUAAGAGGACUAUUUUUGUAGACUUGUCCAAAAGGUCUGCUGAGAGAAAAAGACUAUUCUCAGUACAGUAAACAACAGCUGUCAAGUGUUUAAAAAACACUCUUUUUUGUAAUAAUCCUGAUGAGAAAACAAUAUUUGUAUCAAUGUACAACUUGAUACAAAUAUUCAUUUUUAAUGAUACAAUUAUAAAAUGAAUAAGUUCAUUUUUGAAUGGUAUUAAAACAAAAGGGUUUUUCUACAUCUAUUCAUUUUUUUUUCAUAUGAGAAGAUGGGUAAGACCUUUUCAAUGGAUUUUAAACCUUGUAAGCACUGUUACUGUAUGGCCUGUGAAUGUAUGUUACAGUUUCUAAGUUUCAUGUUUUUUUAAAUAAUAUAUAUUAUUUGUAUUUAUUAUUAUUAUUAUUAUUAUAGCUUAUAAGUAUUUGCCAAUUCAAGCAUUUUUGCUCAGAUGUUUUACAAUUACAUGAUACAUACUAUAGUGAUGUUUAAACCAAACAGAGAGAAGAAUAAAAAGGAAAAGAACGGAAAAGAUUGUAGUGUGUUAUGACAGUUAACAAUUUAGAUUGUGUGUCUGCAAAUCAAGACUUGAUAACUGCAUUUUAAGGACACAAUUUCAUUGUAGCAAAAUACUGAUGUAGGAAUGUAAAAUAUUGAUGUAUAUUUACAUGAAAUAUCUGGUCUGUAUUAUACCAUUUAUUAAUUCUCUAUAUGAUUUCAGUGACAACCACUUCUCAAUUUUUGCUUUAGAAAUUAUUAUAAUUUGUAUUGUUAGUGUGAGGCUGGAGAUUCAUGUGCUCCUGAGGAAUUCUAGCUUUAACAUUCAAUUAACAUAUCAAAUUAGUCACGUUCUCCAAACAUAUUCCAUUUAGAAACAUAUACAUUGGAAUUUACAGUGUUCUAGAUGAGCUGAACAUAAGUUCAAGGGUCUGUAAUGUUUUGAGAGUAAGAUGUUUUUAAAAGCUCUUUUAAGCAUUUUAUUCAGCUUUCUUCUGUGUGGGCUUCUACAAAUGAAGAAUGAACUUAAUAAGUUGUGCAUGACCUGUGUUUAUGUUCAUUCACCCAUGCAGAAAUGCUGUAGUCAUAUUUGUUUAUAUUUGCAAAUUUUGUGUUUAAAUCAAUAAUGCAAUAUCAGAAUAAUGCAAAAAGAGAACUCCACAGUUAACACCAGUAUUUUUGCCUUGCUAAUGGCAGUAUCUCAAUAUAAAGGAAUGCAGGCAGGUAAAGAAAUGUGGAAGACCUGCAAAUUAAGUGCAAAUUCUGGAAAUCAUCUACUGUAGCUUCAGACUGUUAAAAACUUUUCAUUAAAAUUCUACUUGUGCAAUUAAUAAUAAUAAUGUGAAAGAAACUAAUUAUGUAAAAAAUGUUAACGUCCUUCAUGUAUACAUUUCCAAACGUCCACAAUAUCAUGAAGAGGAUGAAAACUUACUGCUGUGACCUUUGUGUGUGCAGUGAAUAUGAUUUAAAAUGUAUUAUUUUACAAUAUGUAUCUUUGUAAAGUGUGAAAAUCUCAAGCCAAAGUUGUUACAUUUGAGAUCUUAUACAGUUUGAUCAAUAAAGGUCUUUUGAAAGCA